GGGGCGCAAGAUGGCGGCGGGCGACGCUGUUGGGAGGUACCGCAGCACUGUGGGCAGGAGCAAGGACCCCUCGGGGCUGCUCAUCUCGGUUAUCAGGACUUUAUCCACCAGCGAUGACGUGGAGGACCGGGAGAACGAGAAGGGGCGGCUGGAGGAGGCGUACGAGAAGUGCGACCGCGACCUGGACGAGCUGAUCGUGCAGCACUACACGGAGCUGACCACGGCCAUCCGCACCUACCAGAGCAUCACCGAGCGCAUCACCAACUCCCGCAACAAGAUCAAGCAGGUGAAGGAGAACCUGCUGUCCUGCAAGAUGCUGCUGCACUGCAAACGGGACGAGCUGCGCAAGCUGUGGAUCGAGGGCAUCGAGCACAAGCACGUCCUGAACCUCCUGGACGAGAUCGAGAACAUCAAGCAGGUCCCUCAGAAGCUGGAGCAGUGCAUGGCCAGCAAGCGCUACCUCAACGCCACCGACAUGCUGGUGUCAGCAGUGGAUUCCCUGGAGGGUCCCCUCCUGCAGGUGGAGGGGCUGAGCGACCUGAGGCUGGAGCUGCACAGCAAGAAGAUGAACCUGCACCUGGUGCUGAUCGACGAGCUGCACCGGCACCUCUACAUCAGAUCCACCAACCGCGUGGGGCAGCGCGGCAGGGACAGAGCCCGCCUCGGGUCUCUUGUGAAAGACUCCUCUCCUGUGCCUCUGAUGGAUGUCACUAAUUUAUCUACACCUCGGAAAUUCCUUGAGACUUCCCAGUUCAGUACUCCUGGAAGCUCCAGCAUGCGAGACUCGAGCCUUCUGGAAAUCAAAGAGGACACAGAGCUGGAUCCAGAGGAGAACAGUGCUGUCUUCAUGGGAAUCCUCAUCAAGGGGCUGGCCAAGCUGAAGAAAAUCCCAGAAACAGUGAAAGCCAUCCAGGAUCGCUUGGAACAGGAGCUCAAGCAGAUUGUGAAGCGCUCCACCACUCAGGUGGCUGACAAUGGCUACCAGAGAGGGGAGAACAUUUCCCAGGAAAAUCAGCCUAGGCUGCUGCUGGAGCUGCUGGAGCUGCUCUUUGACAAGUUCAACGCCGUGGCCGCCGCGCACGCCGUGGUGCUGGGCCACCUGCAGCAGACUGUGGCCUCCCCCUGCAGCCAGCACGAUGGGGACAUCAAGCUCUACGACAUGGUGGACGUGUGGGUGAAGAUCCAGGAUGUCCUGCAGGAAGUCUCUGCUACAGAAUUGCAUCAAGCAAAAUCCUUCCAGAAUCAUAAAAUGGUUUGGCUUGGAAAAGAUCUUCCAGAUCUUCUGAUUCCAACCCUGUGCCAUGGGCAGGGACACCUUUCCCUAGAUGAGGGUGCUCCAAGCCCCAUCCAUCCUGUAUCUGCAGGGUUUUAUAUUUUAUUUGGUACUUUUUUUAAUG